AUUACUGUGCCAAAAUAUGCAUGUGGGUUAGGUUUAAGGUUGUCAGGGUGUUUAAUGAUUCUCUAAUUAUAAAACAAGUUUGGAGGCUUCUGACAAAACCUAACUCCUUGAUGACUAGAGUUUUAAAGGAGAAAUAUUUUCCUUCUACUUGUGUGCUAGAUGCAAGGAAAACUAGUUCAGCCUGGAACUCUUUGGUUAAAGUUCUUUCUUUUUACAAGCAGGGCUUUAGAAGGGAGAUAAAUGAUGGCCUGAACACUAAGAUCCUAACUGACCCAUGGGUGCCUGGACUGAGAUCUGGUAUUCCUUCUCUUCUAUCUAAUAAUAUGAACUUUCAGAUAACUUGGGUGCAGGAACUUCUCAUGGAUAAUGGCAGAAGUUGGAAUAGAGAGUUAAUUCAGAGCAUCUUCACUCUUGAAUCCACCAUAGCUAUUCUAGAGAUGAGAGGGCUUGAUCCUACAAACAAAGAUAGAUGGAUUUGGUGGGAGGACUCAAAGGGAACAUUCUCUCUGGCAUCUACCUACUCAGCAGCUAUCCUGAAAUUGUCGUCUUCGGAACAUUACUGGCUGGGUAGUAAGCUUUUGAAGCUCUUUCCCAACAUGCUGCCAUCAACCUUCCAGGACAAGAUGAAAGAACAAGUAAAAUGCAGAAGCAUUAAACGAAGGUUGCACGCCAAAAUAGAAUAUGCAAACUUUCUCCAAGAGACUGUCAAAGAAAUGGCAAAAGAGGUGCAAAAUUCACGUAGUGGAGAAACUAAGAAGACAGCUGAGGACCUUGAUGAAUUUCUGAAUAAGGUCAGAAGUGGUGCCCGUGUCGCAAACGAGGAAAUUUUGGGAUUUGCUAAGUUAUUCGAUUAUGAACUCACAGUAGAUAAUAUUAGCAGACCACGACUUGUAAAUACGUGCAAGUACAUGGGUAUCAGCUCUAUUGGAACAGAUGCUUAUUUGCGUUAUAUGCUACGGAAGAGAUUGCAGAGGAUUAAAAAUGAUGACAAAUUGAUUCAAGCUGAGGGCGUGGAAUCUCGAUCAGAAGCUGAACUUCGUGAAGAUUGUCGUGAGAGGGGCAUGCUUGGAGUGCUUUCUGUGGAUGAAAUGCACCAACAG